AUGGCUUUCAACGUGCUCUUGACGAUUCUUCUCCUUGCCUUGCCUCUAUCCAGUGCCCACUCGUGGGUCGAGCGCCUUAGACGGCUCGACCUGAACGGCACCAUGGUCAGUGAUCCUGGAUACAUUCGGGGGUUUGUGUCUAGGCUUGAUCCCACAUUCAACGACCUCCGGAUGCAACAUCAUCUUCCACCGAACGGUAGAGUGGCAGAGCAAGGCAUCCUCCCGACCGAUCGUAUCUGCAGGGACUCGCAGCGAGCAAUGCAAUCGAACGAAAUGCUUCCCCGACUGCAGGCGCGGCCGGGAGACAUCAUCGCUCUUCAGCACCAGGAGAACGGGCAUGUGACCCUCCCAGAAACAAGUCCGCACAAGGAGCACGGCGGUACGAUCUUCAUCUACGGCACCCGGGUUCCCUCCGAGGACGAUAUAUUGCUUUCCAUCCAUCGUGUCUGGAACGCAGAGGGCACCGGGGGCGACCGGCGGGGUUCCCUCUUAGCUGUUAGGUCCUUCGACGACGGCCAAUGCUAUCAGAUCAACAACGGGCAAAUAUCGAUCGAUCGCCAGGACGCAUUCAGAAAAGACCCCGCGGAUCCUCAAGGCGCCGACCUGUGGUGCCAAUCCGACAUCCGGCUUCCCAACAAAUGUGGUGUGUACACUCUCUACUGGGUCUGGGAAUGGCCUUUCAAACCUGGUGGCAUCGAGCGGCCCGCCGACAUCUACACGAGCUGUAUGGACGUUGAAAUUCUUCCGGGCAUUCAACAGGGAAAGGUCUCUUACGUCGAUGGGCAGGAUUUGAACUGGGCCGGGGUUAAGGAGCAGAUGCUAGCUGGCUAG